AUAUGAAUAAACAAAGUUGUACGAAAAAAAAAGUUGAAUUGCUAUCCCAUGUAAAGUCACACAACAUUUGUCUAUAAAAUGAGAAGGAGGAUCUUGUUUCAGCACCAGCUCCUAGCCAAUCACGACUUCACAGGAAUGGAGUAUAACAUCUGAUCUCAUAAAGAUAGGGUUAGUUCAGUAACGUCACAUCUCCGUUCCAUUGGAAACAUGUCGGCACAGGCUGCUCGCGAGGUCCCACUGAGCACGCUUUCACCCAAGUAUCUCCACUCCAACUCCACCAGCCACACAUCACCCUUCAGCGCCAUCGCUGAGCUCAUAGACAAUGCCUAUGAUCCAGACGUCAGCGCCAAACAGUUCUGGAUUGAUAAAACUUUGAUUAAAGAAAAGCUGUGCCUCACCUUCAUGGAUAAUGGAAAUGGACUGGACCAUGAAACUAUGCAGAGAAUGCUCAGUUUUGGAUAUAGUGACAAGACAGCAGUAAAAGGACACAAGCCCAUUGGGAUGUACGGAAACGGCUUUAAGUCUGGAUCUAUGCGACUUGGAAAAGAUGCCAUCGUCUUCUCCAGGUCAAAGAGUGGAAUGUGUAUUGGGAUGCUUUCCCAGACCUACCUGGAAGAGAUUGGUGCCAAACAAAUUCAAAUUCCUAUUGUUUGCAUCAAAGAGAGGAACUCGAGUGGCUAUAUCCUUUUAAAUGACAAUCCUUCAAUCAUUUGUUCAGCCUAUUGCAGAGUUUCUCAUCUUUCCUUCCUGCAGUUUUCUGAUGUGUCUGAGGGGGAACUUCUGGCUGAACUGGAUGCCAUCACAUCUUCCUUCUCGAUGGAGAAAACAGGCACAAGAAUCAUCAUUUGGAAUCUGCGCAGAACGGCUAAAGAUGAAACAGAGUUUGACUUUGAGACUGAUUCCUAUGACAUCCGAAUUCCCAAUUCAGAAAUUGCGGAGAAGACGGCAUCUUAUAUUCCAGAGACUGCUUACUCUCUACGGGCUUAUUGCAGCAUUCUGUACCUGAAACCUCGGAUGCAGAUGGUGCUGCGUGGGGAAAAGGUCAAAAUGGUGCUAAUUGCUAAAAGCCUGGCCUCUACAAAAAAAGAUUAUUACACGCCCAGUUUCCUGGUUACGCCCCUUGAAAAUAUGGAUUUACAGUUUGAAUUUUAUCCUGGUUCUACAUUUCCUCUUUGUUUCACUCCAAAGUAUAAGUCGCAGCUGCCAAGUUUAACAAGCUUUACUUCUCCAAACAGACUAACCAUAAACAAUUUAGGAAAAAAACUAGAAGAUUACUGGAAGGAGACGCAGUACAGGUGGAAAAAAAAACACCCAAACAGCUCCGUUCCAGUGGAGGACACCAUGAAGAAACCGGACCAGAACUGGGCGCAGUGUGAAGACUGCCGGAAGUGGCGAAAAAUCCCAGAUGGGAUUGAUGUCAGUGAGCUGGCAGAAAAAUGGUACUGCUACAUGAACCCAGACAACCAGUUCAGGAGCUGCGAUGUGGAGGAGGAGCCUGAAGAUUAUGAUGAUGAAAAAUCAGCAUACCCCAAAACCUACAAGCAACAGGAGAAGAAAGACAAGAAGAAAAAGGAGAAGACAACACAGCAGUCUCUUUCCACCCCCACAACCUCGAAGUCUGUCCCAAAAGAUGCUGGGAGGGCUGAUUCCCGGACAUCUUCCACCAUUUCACAAGCAGCAGUGAGUCCUCCAGUGACCAACGUACUUCCAGUGAUUAGCGGUGUAUGCUCGCUGUCUGCCAGCUCAUAUGCUCUGAGAAAAAGAGCAACACCUUCUCCUCUGGGUACACCAAAACGACCCAGAGAGGGUCUCCUGUCCAGAAUCUCAGGCACGUUGGGAGAAAGGAGCACAUGCUCGCCAUCUGUGCCUGCUGAUGUAGAGGAUUCAGAUGGCCAAACCAGUGACAUCAUUUCUACUUUGGAGGCCUAUAACACCCCAACGCCAGCAAACCCUGAUGAUGAUGAGAGCAACGCUGACCAGGAGGCGAUGGAAGAAAAAUACUGUACAAUGAAUACUCUCAACUACAUAGCAGAGGAUAAUACAUGGAACCAUGCACCUGCGUAUGAAGAUCUACAAUAUCAAAUGGAGCAACAAGCUGACAGCACAAGAUCCCCGGGAAGAAGCAUUAGCUGCUCUGCUCAGACGCAAACAGAGAAUCCAGGAGGAUCAGCAGAACCAGAUUUUCACUCCACCUCUGAAGCCAUGAGGAGUUUGAUUAAACUUCGUCAAAACGUCGGCCGCCUUCUCGUCUCCCACAUGCCAUAUCUUGAAUUGGAUCAAGUGAACUAUGAAUGUAGUAUCAUCGAUGAAUUGCUGGAACAACACUUGUCCAGCUUAGAUUCCAACUGAUGCUUCUCCUCCCUAAAAAGGAAGACAGUUUUUACAAAGAAAAAAGGUGGAACACUGAUCGUGAUGGUCCUGCAUAAACCUGGACUGAUGAAAAUGUCCCUUUCAAUCAUGAGAAUGAUAUUUGGGAUGUGUUUAGAACUUUCUUAAGAAUUUUUGUACAGAUUAAAUACUGUCUGUGUGGGAAUUAAGUUGUGUUUAUUCAAAAUUAUGUAUCAUCAUUAGCUGUUUAUUCUUCUGUUUAAAAUAAUAUGGAAAAUUAUGUUUUAUAGCUGAAAAGCUUCAUUUCCUUUUAUAUUAACUUCAGAGUCUGAGUGUAGCUUUCCUAACUAGGAUUUGCAGAAUAUUUUAUAAGUGUGUUUGAAGUCUCAUUCCAACUACAUUUGUAUAUUGUAAAAUUGUUUCCAGUGGUCUUUUAAUUAUUAUUAUGCAGUUUGUAGCCAAAAUCCAAAAGCCUGUGUUGUUUUUUAAGACAUAUUUUCUGCAGAGC